UGGCCCGGACUUGCCACGGUCUCGCGAAACCACUGAAUCGCGACAUUGGGUACCGACAAAAAACGAAAAGAUGCCAUUUAAGGAUAUAUCUAACGUUUAGUUCAACACCUUUAACAUUCCUGUGAAUACCCAUCAAGUCCUCGGAGAGUUACCUGCGUAAAAACAGUGAUAGGAUUGAUUCCACGUUGUGUUUGGUUUCGUCUAUUGAAUAGUAUUUUGAUAAUACCGUGCAGUGUUGUUAUGUGGUGCGAAGAUUUAAGACAGCCUUCAGCGAGUUUCUUUUGAUUAAAGAACCAGUAAUGUCCUACGCCUAAAAAUACAACAGUAAAGAUGGCAAGCGCAGGCGCCGUUCUCCUGGAGGCCCGGCCCUUCCGGCCCUUCAAGUCCUCCGAGGAGUAUCUUUAUGCUAUGAAAGAGGACUUGGCUGAAUGGCUGACGGUCCUAUAUCCCGAACUGAGGAUCAACGCUGAUAACUUCCUGGACAGGCUGGAUACCGGAGUGGCUUUGUGCAGGCACGCUAAUGCCGUCCGGGAAUCAGCUCGACUCAUCCUCGAUAAACCAGCACCAGACUCCGACGACGCGAUGAUCCUCGCCAGAGCUCUACGCACCAGACCUGCAGUCAACAUGCUACCAGCCGCCAAAGCUGGCACAUUCUUCGCAAGAGACAAUCUAUCGAACUUUAUCGACUGGUGCAGAAAAGCUUUGGGCAUCCUUGAAUGUCUUUUGUUUGAAACUGACGAUUUAUGCCUGCGAAAGAAUGAAAAACACGUAGUUUUAUGCCUUUUAGAAGUUGCCAGAAAAGGAGCUGUUUUAGGCAUGCCUGCUCCGUUAUUAGUGCAAAUGGAAAAACAGAUUGAACGGGAGUUAGCUGGUGAAGAGCUGAGACCAGAUGAUUCCGCGUUAGGCCUGGUUCCGUCCGGACCUCAGCCACAAUUGGUAACCAAUGAUCUGAGAAGUUUGGAUGAGAGAGUCAGAGAUUUGGUGGCGAGAUGCUCCUGUCCAACCCAGUUCCCGAUGGUGAGGGUUUCCGAGGGCAAGUACAGGAUUGGUGACACCAGGAUGCUGAUAUUCGUCAGGAUUCUCCGCUCCCACGUCAUGGUACGCGUCGGAGGUGGAUGGGACACCUUGGCGCACUACUUGGACAAACACGACCCUUGCCGCUGCCGUGCCCAGCACCGAACCUCCCUCUCAGCGCGCUUAGCCCGCCCCAAGCACGACCUAGCCGGCGCCACCGUCACCUACGAACGACCGGACCCUGGCCCAGCUUCUCUCCCAUACAAGGACCCUGGCCCAGCCUCUCUCCAAUACAAAGAACCUAAAACAUACGAGCCGAUGUCGCUGCCAUACACUAAAGUUUACAAUGACGAACCAAGGUCAGGCCAAUAUUUGUCGAGCAACAAGUUAGACGCGCCAAGCAGUCUGCCUUACAUGGGAGAUUUAGACAGAGCUGCCUCUCCGAGCAGGAAACAUCUCGCCCCAAGGAAUCAUAGCCCAGCUAGAAGCACCAGGCAUUCUUCCUCACCGGAUAGAAGAACGAAAAUCGUGACUUCGAACCAUUUGGUCCCUUCCCCCCACGCGAUUAGAAAUAAGAGUCCAAGGCCAGUGUCUCCAGUCCCAGCUGUUGAAAGCGCGUCCGAUAACGGGUCUGAGGUGUCUGAUGAAGGGUACAGGAGUUUAGGCGUUGUGGCAGGGUCCACGCAAGGGUCUCCAUCUACGAAGACUACGAACAGAUAUUCGCUGCACAGUCAAAAUUCUAUGGACGACGCUGAUUUUAGUGAGCGUCUCGAUCAAGACGACGGCUGUCACAUAGAUAAAAGCGACCGCGUCGACGACUACGUCAGCCUCAACACUGGACUGCGCAAGACAGACUUCUCUGACACCUUCUACGGCAGCAGGAAGAAUAGCGCAGACGACAAAUCCAACCGCGCCAGUCCAGAGUGCAUCGUCAGCCACGAAAAUAACGAUUCGCCGAGCAAAAGCCUCCGACCGGCCAGAGACACCACCCAGUCACCGGUUAAAACGGUUAGGAGUAGGCAAGUUUCAAGAAUCCCACAUUCCCCCGUCAGGAACAGAACCCCCAGCCGAGCAAACACCCCUAGCCCUAAACACACAGCGAACCAAUCCUCGCCGAAACUAGCGCCUAAACUACCCCCAACUACUCGCAACACUUGGGGAGGCAGAACUGCACCAAAUCAAGCCAAAUCAAAAGCGAGACCAACGAUCGGAACAGAAACAUUUGAGAAUCCAAAUAAAUCGCCAAAAACGAAAGCAAAAACUGUACAAAAUGAUGCAUUCAAGAGGAAUUCUCCUCUCAGAGCCAGCAGUGCUACUUUACGGUCUCCGACGCAUCAAAAGCAACUAAGUCCGCUUCUAGAACAAAUUUUACGGUCCGCAGAAUCCGCGAAGGAUGACGCAUCAGUCUUAGAAAAGAUGAAGGAAAUUAUCAGAUCGUAUUCGAAAGGAGAGGAUUCUGUAUCCAGAACUAGCUCGAAAGACUCUGACUACGCCGACUUUACUUCCGCUUGGGUGAUGUCUGAUGGAAAAUUAGAGAGGUCGACAAGUACGAGGCAGUUGGCUGCACCCAGAAAGGACCCACGAAAUGGGGCCAGCAGGAUACCAGCUCCAGUUGCUAUAGGCUGCCGGAGGUCAACCUCCACCUCCCAAUUUCAAUGACCUGAUGAAGUUCCGAAGAAAAAGACUGGUACUAAUCCAAUUUUGGUUCGAAUCAAAAGUGACUCUUGAGUGAUAAGUGAAUACGGAUAAUUCUUAUAGCAAAGUGAGAUCAAAUGAGUUAUGACCUCUUAAGAUUAAAGGGCAAUCGUUUUACAAUAAAUGAUUAAAGUACCCUAAGGUGUAGAAUAUAUUUACAAAAGAAAAUAUCUCCGUGAUAUCUUUGCAAACAUAGUUUCGAUAAGUUCUACAAAACAAAGAUCAAAAACGUUCGAAUUUUGAUAGAAAUUAUGUAGAUUUCAAUAAUACUUGAUAUUCUAUUUAGAAUAGUUUUUCCACUAAUAUAGAAAUGACAAUUCGUAGGUUCUAAUCUAUACGACAUUUUAUAUGAGUAAAAUUAUAUAAAAGAUAAAAAAAAGGAAAAGAUAAGACAGAUAAGAUAAAAGCAAGAUGGUGCUAAUUAUUAGUUGGUUGUUUAGUUACAUUAUUAUUUUAUAAUUUGCUAAACAUAGAAAUU